CCCGCGAGCAUAAAUUAUGCAAAUACCCGGGCGCCGCACGGGGCUGACCUGCCGCCUCGCUCCAUUCACGGGGGCUGCCUCGGGGACGAAGGUGGCCGGGGAGGGGGGCGCCUAUUGUUGUGCCGGAUACUUAAGGGGUCCUGAGGCCAGUCGUGUGCCACACUCGUACUCACACGAGCUGAUCUGAUUGCCGGCGAGAUCACUCGGGAGACCGGCUGGAGCGUGGCCCCGGCAGGCGAGGCGAGGAGAAAAGGCCAAGUUCCAGCGCGCCCUUCCAGGCCUUCGUGCCCGCAGCGGGCACCGUGUAAGCCCGGGCCGUUCGGAAAGUAAGUGUGCCCCAACGGUCCUGCCCUCAGCCCGAGGUCCUGCCCUCUAAGCGCUCCCUUAUCUGUCCGUCGGUCCUGCCCGACGCCGAGAUGCCAGCCCCUCUGGAGACCUGCCUCUCAGACCUCGACUGCGCCAGCAGCAGCAGCAGCAGCAGCAGCAGCGACCUGUCCGGAUUCCUCACGGACGAAGAGGACUGUGCCAGGCUCCAACAGUCAGCCCCCGCCUCAGCGCCGCCUGUGCCGGCGCACAGGGGCGCCCCCGGGGUUCCCGGAGUGUCAGACACUCCCCGGGCGCAGGAGGACGAGCAGGAGCGGCGGCGGCGCAGGGGCCGCGCCCGGGUGCGCUCCGAGGCGCUGCUGCACUCGCUUCGCAGGAGCCGGCGCGUCAAGGCCAACGACCGCGAGCGCAACCGCAUGCACAACUUGAACGCAGCGCUUGAUGCGCUGCGCAGCGUGCUGCCCUCCUUCCCCGACGACACCAAGCUCACCAAGAUCGAGACGCUGCGCUUCGCCUACAACUACAUCUGGGCUCUGGCCGAGACUCUGCGCCUGGCAGACCAGGGGCUGCCCGGAGGCGGUGCCCGAGAGCGCCUCCUGCCGCCACAGUGCGCCCCCUGCCUGCCAGGGCCCCCGAGCCCCGCCAGCGACGCUGAGUCCUGGGGCUCUGGUGCUGCCGCCUCCCCAUGUGCUGCCGCCUCCUCACCACUAUCUGACCCCAGUAGCCCUGCCACUUCCGAAGACUUCUCCUAUAGUCUUGGCGACCCCCUUUUCUCCUUCCCCAGCCUGCCCAAAGACUUGCUCCGAACAACGCCCUGUUUCAUCCCUUACCACUAGGCCCCUUUGGACACCUUUACCUCUCCCUUCCCCCCAGGCAACAGGCAGUAGUAGUAGAUGGGGCCCCAGCUGAGGCCUCGGGACCCCCAGUCUAGGCGGAGGGAGGAAGCGGGAGCUUUAAAGGGAUGGAGGAUACCUGAGCCGCUUGUUAGGUCGCUGCACCCUCGCCACGGCUUCCCCUUGGUCUGUUUUCUCCAGCCCUCAGCCCGGGGCCCCUCCUGCCUGCCCCCAGACAGCCUUCCCUUUUGCACUUUCUGAACUCCACAAAACCUCCUUUGUGGCAGGCUCAGAGCUGACCCCAGCCACCACUUCAGUGUGAUUUAGAAAAGGGACAGAUCAGCCCCUGAAGACGAGGUGAAAAGUCAAUUUUACAAUUUGUAGAACUCUAAUGAAGAAAAACGAGCAUGAAAAUUCGGUUUGAGCCGGCUGACAAUACAAUGAAAAGGCUUAAAAAGGAGAGACAAGGAGUGGGCUUCAUGCAUUAUGGAUCCCGACCCCCACCACUGCAGGCUUGGUUUAGGAAGAACCCAAGACUCUUGCCUCGGUAGCUAUUCAGGCACUGGGCUGGAGAGUACUUUAAUUUAUUCAAGAUGCUUCAUUCAUAUGAAAAUGUAUUUUUGUACAUAAAGAGUUUAUUCUAUUAUAAUGAGUUAUCAAAGUUUACAUUUUUGUACUGCAGGUGUUUGUGUAAAUAAAA